AUGGCACAAUGCAUCGAAAGAAGCCGGGAAGUGGCCAAUGCGGUGCGAUUCGCUGUCAGAUCAAGUUAUGACAGUCGUCAAGACGAAGUACGGGAUCGUUCUAAGACUGUGUCUCCAUCAAGCGCCACUAAAACUGAGAAACCAGGACAGCUCGAUGGAAAUAGAGAAAUAAAAACUUGCUCUUUUUGCAAGAAAGAAGGACAUUACAGAAGAGAUUGCUGGAAAGCUCGCGGGGAUCGAAACAGACAAUCUCAGAAGGUACAAUCCCCGCCACCUAGCACUGCUAGUCUUCCAAAUCCAAAUAGCGUCCCUAAGAAGCAAAGGAAGGAGGGCAGCGAAACCAAACGUUCACCACAACGUUGA